UUCUUUACUCCGAUGAGCAACAACACCGACCCACAAGGCGUCAGCUGAGUCAAGGCUUCUUUAUGUGAGGAUUUUCCCAGCAACCAUCAGUGGAGGAGCUAAACUUUGAGCCGCUGCUCAUCACUUCCUGAUUCCAGAACCAAGAGACUCCUGCGCACCAUCAAGGAAGAACCAAGUCUCGAGUCCUCUUCAUUAUGGACAAAUCAAAUUAUACCUACUGUUAUUAAAUAUUUCAUCUGCCGUCCAUGCUGUGUGACUCGUGAUUACCCCGUUGCUGCUCGAAGGCCAGGGCAGUGCAUUGAGUGCUCAUUGCUUUGGUGACCAACACAAAGAGAAAGCACAAAACAAGAGGCGGAAAUAACAUCGUCAACCACGACUCUGAGUCAAAACGAAUGAAGGAGACGUCCUCCUCUGCUUCAACAGGAUCCCAUCGUCUCACACACGAAGGCUUCCACCAUCUCAGUGAAGAAGGACUUUUUACUCCGUCCCUCAUCUCUUCCUCAUCUCUUCCUCAUCUCUUCUUCAUCUCUUCCUCGAUACAUCAGUGGUUACAGUUCUGCUCUGCUGCCAACAUGAGGAACCUGAUCUCUGUGGCUGUGAUCCUUCAUGUGGCGUUCACAGCAGCAGGCCUAAAACUCGACGGAAAAGAAGUGGAGUUUGGAGACAUGAUUGCUUAUAAACCUGAGUUUGGAUGGGAUACUGUUGAUUAUCAGCAUUAUGCUACUUUUGUGGGGGACAGAUAUCCUGAAGGAAACACAUUUGAACGCACAGACGACGAGCCAUACUGCUUUUUCUUGCCAAUCGAUAUGUCUAGAAGUCCUCAUGUUUUCAAUUUCCUCGACGGAUAUGUGGAUAAAAAGGGAAAGGUGUACACCAAAGGCACUGAGACUGAAAUGAAGGCCCGCAUCGAAGAGACACGUGCCGACUGUGGAUUGUAUGAUGCUGUCUGCAACAACUGUGAACACCUUGCUACCUAUGUGCGUUACGGAAAGAAGAUAUCACUGCAGUUCAACAUAACUGGUGGACGGCUCCUCUGCAAACUACGCCCAGAGUGUGAACACAUGUGGAAUUACGUGGAGAAAACGAAUGAGUCACAAUAUAACGCCGCCUCCUCAGUCAACCCAGUCGGAUUGACUUCUUUAUGUCUUAUUGCUCUUUUCUUAUGUGAUAUGAGUUUUUGAACAAAAAAACUGAGCAAGUACUCUGGGUCUAGUACUGCUUCUGUUGAUAAGGUAUGGAUAUGAGAAGUACCUUUGUUGCUUCAAAUAAAUGAGCAGGAUAUUUCAGCACUGAGUGUCCACCAGAAUCAUUACAGUUAUACAUCAAAGAUACAUAUACAACGUGGUAAAUAUUAAAUAAAUACUUGAUAUGGUCUGAUUUAAAGUAAAUUACAGCAUAAAGUACUGUGUGCAUUAGUGCGUGGAUAUCAUGUAACAGGUGGUGUCGUCCAAUUGGUCCAGGUGGAAGGUGAAGGUGGGCGUGGACUCGAUCAGGCUCCACCCCCUCCAAAUAUGGUUACUCUUGAUUUCAAAAAUCGACCAGCUUCUGCUUUAGACCUGGUAGAGUCAAAGUUCAGGUCUGAUAGAUUUCAAAGUGACGUUUCUCUUUUAUUUUUUGGCUCAACUCUCCCUUUAAGGACAGAGUAUCUGAAUCUGCAUCUGCUUAUUGUCAGUGGUUGUUGUUUGUAAUUAAAUAAAAUAAAAUGUUGUUCUUCUCAUUA